CAAUAAUCUAAUUGAGCCAAUGCAUGUCGAUGAUGACAUGGACGUUGAACCAGUGGAGGAAAACAAUGAAGAUUGGAACGAAGGAAAGAAUGAGGAAAAUGGCUCUCGUCCACCAACAGUUACAUCAGUUUAUUCGGGAAAGCAAAAAGAGGAAAGAGACACUGCUGCGGAAAUAAUGGCAGAAAAAGUCCAGCUUUUGAGACCUCUGACUAAGAUGAGAUUUACUAGAAAAUUUAAACAUUUCGGAAGGGAAAUACAAAAUAUUGAAGAGGAUACUAAUGAUUCAUACAGGUUUUUCCCUCCUGUUAAGGACCCAAGAUAUCAACCAGCAGAUCAACGAUUGGAAAGGGAUUAUGGAGUACAAUGUGGAGAAUCUCUAGUUGAAUCAACAGCACAAACAGAGUGGUUCAGAAAGGUUAACCAUUUUUCUCAGGUAAACAUUUCUGAAUCAGUCUCUCAAACAGAUAUUCAGGAAAGUAUGGAUAGUCCUGCAGUGGAAGAAUUCUUGAAAAAUGUUUCCGAAUUGCUUUUUGAAGCAUUAGAUCAAAAUACAACAAUAGAUAUUUUCAAGGAUGAUUUUGUUGAUUUGGUUAUUGAUGAUUCUUUCAUUGGAACAAAAUCGGAAUCACAAUUCAUAGAAAUACAAUCAUUCCCUCACGCAAUGUCAAAAUACAGAAAAAUUGCUUCCCUUGAUUGGCAACCAAAUAAUAGAGCCGUUAUUGCAUUAAGUACAAUAGAUAUUAGAGAUUUUAGCUCUAGGGUAUUGGAUUUGGGUAAACCCACAUCUUCUCAAGUGUAUAUAUGGUCAUUCCAAGAUCCAACCUAUCCAAGUUAUAUCCUUAAUGCCCCCAAUGAUGUUAGUGCGAUUCAAUUCAACCCUGCAAUGCCCUAUAUUUUAGCAGGAGGUAUGAUAAAUGGCCAAAUACUCAUUUGGAACAUUGAAAAGGAAGAAAAGGAAUUUGAAAAAAUUAUAAUUGAUAUGAAGGGCGAUGAAAUUGAAAAGCCUCAGAUACCAACUCUUGAGUACUCUCAGAUUUCAUUGACUGAAAUGAGUCACAAGAGUGCAGUUACAGGAAUACAAUGGAUUACAAAAGGAAAAGAGGUUAGAAAUAAUGGAACAAUGGCUGCAAUCAAUGAAGAAGAAUGUUAUCAAUUUUUAACACUAGGAAUGGAUUCUCAAAUAAUACUUUGGGAUAUUAGAAAGGAAAAGAAAAGAUUAUCAGUCAAGAAGAGUGAAAGAAUGAAAGAUGCUUGGAUACCAUUUGCUGUCAUGCCAAUUCUUCAGUUGGAUCUUACUUCUGAACUCCCAACAUUUGCCUUAUCUGUAAGCAUGAAGAAUCCAUAUCAAUUGUGCUGUACAACAACCGAAGGAGAAUUUAUCACAGCAGAUUGGUCACCGGUUGAAGGUGAGGGAGCUAACGCAGAAACAACAUUCAAUUCUGUGAAUAUUGCUAACGGAAUUUAUGGAAGAUCGAAUGGCCAUUUGGGAUUGACCCAUUCAAUUUCAAGAAGUCCAUUCUUUGACGAUAUUUUGCUAACUAUUGGCAAAGCCACUUGCAAAAUUUGGAAAGUUGGCUGCCCUGAUCCAAUUUGGACUAGUUGUUUCAAGUUCAAUGUUUCGUACUCAUGUGGAAGUUGGAGUCCUACUCGUCCAGGUGUUUUGCUACUGGGUCGAAGUGAUGGUUUCAUUGAAGUUUGGGACUUCUUGGAUAAGUCUCAUGAUUGUAGUAUGGUUUCCCACUUUUCAAUUUCCCAACAAAAUGUACCUCUUACAGAGCUCAAGUUUAGAUCUGGAACGGGAGUAGGAAAACUCUCAUUCCAAUUUAUUGCAGUUGGUACUCAGAAUGGAUCUCUAUCUGUUGUUGAGGUGCCUAAGAAUUUAAUAAGACCUCUUCCAGAUGAAGAAAAACUUGUUAGAAACCUCUUCAAUCGCGAACAUGAAAAGGUUCUGUACUUUAAAGAAAGAUGGAAAAUCAGAGAAAAAGAAGGAGAAGAAAAGAAAAUUCAACAAUUAUCUGAAAAGUCAAGUGAUACUGCAUCCGAAAUAGGAACCACCACUGGUUCUCAACAUACUCAACAAAACACAAACCAAGAAUCAGUUCAAUCAGAGAAGAAACCAAUGAUAGACAAGGUAGAAUUGAAAAAGAAGUUUUUACGGCUGAUUCAAGAGUAGACAAACCAAGUUCUAUAAAUGUUAGUUUCCUAUUU